UCCUAACCUAAAAAUUAUUGUUUACGAAUUGAUUGACAAAGCGUUUGUUUUGGCCGAUUUUAUCAUGUUAAAUUUUGAAAAAUCCAAGGGUUUUUAAAUAAAUUAUCAUCAGAAGAUUUUCUAGAGCUUGAUCAGCGUAAACUCAUCAACUGGAAGGUUAUGAGUGACAUGAACAUGAGCUUCUCACUGGCCGAAGAAAUAAAGCUGAUUAGCAAAGUGGCUGAGACUCCUUCUAUUUAUGACCCGGAUGUGAAUAAAUUUCUUAGUAACAGCAAAAGAGCUGAAGUCUGGGAAAACAUAGCCGGUCAACUCAACAAAAGAGCUGAGGAUUGCAGGGAUCUCUGGCAGAAACUGCGUAGAAGCUAUACGAAACAAAAACAACAGCAGCUUGGAGAUGCGGAAACAAGGAUUUGUAGACAUUUUGACCUUUUGGAUUCAUUUGUGAAGUUUAAACAAAAAACGGAAAUGCCUGUCAUCGAAAGCUUCUACACUGUAGAACAAUCAUCAAUGGAUGGAGACUCUGAUGAUCCUAAACAGAAUGGCAGAAAAGAUCCAUUGCAGAAUGUUGGUGAGGAUCUGUUACAAAAUGUUGGUGAGGCUUUGUUACAAAAUGAUGGGCAGUUUGUUCAGAAAGAUCCGUUGGAAAAUUGUGGGGAGUAUGUUCAUCAGGAUGAGGUGGGGGAUAUUGUAGCAAACUCCAGUUUUGAAGGUGAUCAAGGUCAAUCAGCUGGAGGUGUAGAAUUGACAGGACCAGGUCAUGGUCAUCAGAGUUUGUCCUCAAGGUCACAUCAAAAGUCAGAUGAUGAUGAUGAAUGGGUGGAUGUGCUUGUUGAGCAAGGGUUCAUCGAACAACGACGUCAACCAAGGUCAAUGCCCAUCAAACGUCUCAAACAAGAGCCACGGACUUCCUCGCGUGUCAAAAAUCCGUUGACCAUCAACGGAGCCGUAGAUGACGAGGUGAUCUCUGAUAUUCUCAAACAGGAGCAGAAGAUCUUGCAGCAGUAUCUCAGCAGACAGAAGGGGAAUGAAGGUGGGGGGGAUGUGCAAAAGAAGAAAAGGAGAAAGAAAGCACCAAUGAAUCCAAAAAACUCGAAGAAACGCAGGAUGGCCGCAGCUGUUAAAAGGGAAUUGCUAGCUAAAAAUGAGUUGGUGCAUGUUGGAACACUGGAUAAGGAUAACUAUUCAAGGGGGAGUGAAGGUACAAAAUCACCAAAGAGUAAACCGAGAUCCAGGUCUAGUAAAAAUGACAGACCACAGAGUUCAAGGUCCAGAAAAGAUGGUGGACCACAGGCCACAAAAGGCUCCAGUGUGCAGACUUCAAGGUCUAUUGAACCACAGAGUGUGAAGAUUCCAAGUGGUAGUCACAGUUCAAGAUCAAAAAAAGAUGGUGAUCCACAGAGUAAAGGUGGUGGACCAAAGAGUACAAAGGAUUCCAGUGUGCAGAGUUUGAAGUCUAGUAAAAACGGUGGACAAAAUUUGAUGACACAGCAAGAAAGUGGGGUGAAUUUACGACAGCGUAACUCAAAAAGGUUGAACUCUGUGCAAAGUCCUCAUCAACAACAAGAUGGAUUAUCAUCAGUGAUUCAACCUGAUUUGAGGGUGGUUGUUGACGAUCUGAACAAUUCUAGGCUGUUGGGUGAGCAACGUGAGGUUGUUGCUUCGAGGAACUGGCAAGAGGUUGAUGGCACAUCGAGGAAUUUGCAAGAAUCCGAUUUUACAUCAAGGAAUUUGCACGAAUUCGACGACAUAGCCCUGUUCAGUCGUCAUAUCAGUUCGGUUCUGCGCGGUUUGAAUCCCUUGCAACGAGCGAUGGCCAAAAGGGACCUGAGCACGGUUUUGUCACAUUACGAGAUAUUGAAGGCCAAAAAUGUGUCUGCUGCUGCCUCAUCCAGUAAUGGAGGACCUCAGGGUUUUGUGGAGAAUGGCGUCGGUUGGAAUGUUGUGAGGUCAUCAGCUAUGGAUUCUUUGUUAUCGAAUCCGGCCUUGAAGUUUAUUGGGAAUCAAAUGUAGGGUUGGGACAGAAUAGUGAAACUUUCCAAGAUAUCGAUAUAUAUUGUAAUCCAAACAUCGAUAUUUCCAAAAUAUCAAUAUUUCUUAGCCAUUUCUAGGGUGAGGCAUGACCAAAGACCUUGAAGAUGCAUAGACUCACAUGCAGCGCUA